AUGCAGAAGAGAAGGAGAACGUCUUCAUCCUGCAUCACGUUGUUCCUCUGCUCUGUCCUUCUUUCACUUGUCCUGCCCAAGUGUGUGUCCUGCGCAGGUACAGACAAAACGGACAAAACGGUAGUGAAUAAAGAGGAAUAUUACAGCGCUACAAUUAACGCCACUGUGCAGGACAGCAGAGGGAACACCAAGCGCGUGAUCUCAAAGGAGGACGGCAGGUACGGACAGAACUCGCCCAAAACGGAGGUGAAGGGGAUUAUAAUCACACCUGCUGCUGUCAACGGAGUGGUGGACAUGCAGGGCUGCUGUCCGUACACUCGGUUCAUCAUUCCUCCAAAGACGACGCACUGGAUCGCUUUGGUUCAGAGAGGGAAGUGUAUGUUCAAGGAGAAGAUCCUGAAGGCAUCCGCCUUUAACGCCUCCGCCGUGCUCAUCUACAAUAACAGCUCCAAGGAGGACACGGUCACCAUGGCACAUGAAGGCACCGGGGACACGGUGGCAGUGAUGAUUACAGAGUCAUUGGGCAAAGACCUGCUGUCUUUCGUGGAGAAAAACGAGACUGUGUGGGUUUCAGUCUCAGUCGGUUCUCGAGGUCCAGUGAAGAACCUGAAUCGCGGCUCACUGGUGUUCGUCUCUAUCUCCUUCAUCGUCCUGAUGAUCAUCUCCUCCGCCUGGCUCAUCUUCUACUUCAUCCAGAAGAUUAGAGAUACAAACGCACGAGAUCGGAGUCAGCGACGGCUUGGAGACGCUGCGAAGAAAGCCAUCAGUAAAUUGACGACUCGGACAGUGAAGCGAGGUGACAAGGAAACAGAACCUGAUUUUAAUCACUGUGCAGUGUGUAUCGAAGGCUAUCAGCUGAACGACGUGGUGCGCAUCUUACCCUGCAAACAUGUUUUCCAUAAGAUGUGUGUGGAUCCAUGGCUAAACGAACACUGUACCUGCCCCAUGUGUAAACUCAACAUCCUCAAAGCUCUGGGCAUAAUGCCCAACCUGCAGUGUGUAGAUAAUGUAGCAUUCGAUAUGGAGCGGAUGACACGCACUCACUCCUCCAGCCAGCGGGUGGCGCUUAUGGACGUGUCGUCUGAGACGAGCGUCAGCGUGGAGCCGCUCACACGCUCCGGCUCAUCCCAACUACUGUCCGAGUCAGAGCUCUCACACACACACACGCACACACACCGCACCGGGGAGAUCAACAUCGCCGUCACCAGUGGUCAUUUUUUCGGCCGGAACUCGGGAUCUCCACGCAGCGUGGUGUGUGAGAUGGAGCUGCCAGAUAUUCAGACGUCUUUGGACAUGUAUGACGAGAAUAAAUCCUGAGGUCAUGCCUCAUGGUGACCUUUGACCCCUGUGCCCUGCUUGCCCAAACCCCUGGGGACAGAUGUGACUUCGAGGACUCUCGCUUUACAGAGAGUCGGUUUUAUUUGUCUCUGUUGCGGAUGAACUCGGUCCGUGUUUGUCAUCUGAACACUGUCUUUAGCUCCAUGAUGGAGUUUCGCGGGACAAUCGUGACUGGUGGAUGACCUUUGACCCUUUGUGGAAAGAUUUACCGGGUCAAGUCCCAAAUGCUAGGGUUCUGUAGAAAUGUUCUCACUGAGCCGCUAGCAAUGAGAACAGCACAAUUAGUUAAUAGUCUACUAGCUAAUUGGCUGAGUAUGAAACAGCAACUAGUUACAAAUCAUCAGCAAGCUAGCAAGCACUAAAACUCAUAGAUUAGCCAGCUAGCAAAACCAAAAAAUAUUGUCUUUUUUUGUCAAUGAAAAGAGAAACUUGGUUAAAAACUGAUUUGGGGGUGAAACUAUGUAUGGUGGUGAUGUCACAAAAUAAGCUCCAUAACACGUCUAUAAACUCUGUUGGAUGAAUUAUAAUGAAUUCUGAAGAAAUCUCUGAAAAUGCUUUAUGAAGUCACCCAUCAAGAGUUUAAUAACCGAUCACAGUGUGUUAGCAAUGCUAGAAAGAGCGUUAUGUAAACCUUAUCUUACAUGGAGGAGGAAGCUACUAAAAUGAAUCUGUUUAGAAUUAUGCUAACACUCUUGCUAAUCAUUUCAAUUCUCCAUCCUGCGUUUGCUAAUUUUACCCUUGAUGGCUAACGUAGCACACAGGUUCCUGAAGAUUCCAUCAUCAUCUUCCUCUCUUUAUUUGCAUAUGAGGUGUUUGGUGGAUGGGUGGGGCUUAAAUUAUGACAUCACAAAGUAUUUGCAGGGCUUGUACUGCAUUGCUCCGCCCACAAAUCAGUUUCACAGAGCAGUUGUGAGAAAGUUUUGAAACAUGAUGAGGAUUAGUGAAGCAGAGGAUGUGAGGAACAUUAGCGUUUGGGACAGAGCCGGAAUCUCCUGAACCUCUUCCUCUUUAUGAGCUCGAUGUAGCUUCAAACCACAGCCACAAACUCCAGAUGAUUCAGCGUUACUUCCGUCUAUAAGCAGUGUAUAAACGUGUACUAACACCA